AUGGAACGUUAUCUAAAGAGGAAAGAACCUUUGGAGACUGAUAUUAACAGUCUCCCAGCUGAUCCAGGAAUUCGACAUUCAAUUUGGUGUUACGAUGUAAAUGAAAGAGAUAAAAUUCGGAGAGCAUAUCUGUUGAAGGGAGCCCAUCAACCAAAAAAUCAUCAAUUCCCCCAAACAAUAUUUGGCAAUCUUGUACGUAGAUUUAAUCCAAAAUGGUUUGAGAAAUAUCCCGAUUGGUUAGAAUACAGCGUGCAUAAAGAUGCUGUUUUUUGUUUGUAUUGCUACUUGUUCAAACCUCAAGAUAAAACUAUUACAGGACAAGGUGGGGGAGACUCAUUUAUUGGAGAAGAGUUCAGAAAUUGGAAGAAGAAAGAAAAAUUGUUAAGUCAUGUUGGAGAUCAUAAUAGUGCACAUAAUAAGGCUAGACAUAAAUGUGAAGAUCUGAUGAAGACAAAAGAACAAAGUCUUCCUAUUAUAUGGUUGAGCAAAGAAGAGAGAAAUAGAAAAGAUUAUAGGGUUAUGUUGACUGAUGCAGUAGAUUGUGUACGAUUUCUGUUGCGCCAAGGGUUAUCAUUCCGUGGUCAUGAUGAGUCUUCCGGAUCAGAGAAUCGAGGAAAUUAUUUGGAGCUGUUUGAUUUUCUUAGUAAUCAUAAUGAUGAAAUAAAGAAAGUUUUUACAGCAUAUUCAAGCUCAAAUUUGAAGUUAACUUCACCAAAGGUCCAGAAAGAAAUUUGUUUUGCUGCAGCUGCUAAAACUUUGAUAUCAAUCAUGAAAGAUAUUGGUGACUCCUACUAUGCCAUUUUGGUAGAUGAAUCUAGUGAUGUUUCUACGAAGGAACAGCUGGCUGUUGCAGUGAGAUAUGUGGAUAGUCUUGGGCAAGUUGUUGAAAGGUUUAUAGGCAUUAAACAUGUGGCAUCGACUAAUGCUGUUGCCUUAAAAGAAGCCAUGGAAGAUAUACUUGCUAAACACUCAUUGAGCAUACAUAGGAUUCGAGGUCAAGGAUAUGACAGAGCAUCUAAUAUGCAUGGGGAGUUUCAUGGUUUGAAGGCCUUAAUACUUAAUGAUAAUCCUCAUGCAUUCUAUAUUCACUGCUUUGCUCAUCAGCUUCAACUAUGUUUAGUGGUUGUAGCUAAAAAUCAUUAG